GCGGCUGCGCAGUGUCCGCCAUUGAGGACCCACGAUCAGAAGGAAAGGGUCAGAAUCGCUUCGAUAGGCAAAGGCGCACGUUUCCUUUAUUCUUGAAUCGAAACUUUGCCAACAUCCAUACGUCUCCUACUGUAUAAUAAUAUAUAUUCGUUUUAAUUCAUGGAUGGCAGAUUUAGAUAUUUUAUAGCAAUUUGAAGUAACCUACCUAGCUAACGUUAGUCCGCUGUGAAGCUUACGAGUGAGGUUAGCUAGCUAGCUACCGUGCUAGCUUUAGCUACACGAACUGAGCCUUGCUCUGGGGCAGUGUGUCUGCAGUGUCGUUUGAUGGAUCCAAGAAUCGCUUGGUUUCAGCCAGAACAACGUGGGCCAGCCAACAGCCUGUGGAUGCAGAUUUGGGAAACAACUCAAGGACUGGGGAAUCUGUACUUCAAUAACAACUGUAACACGGGUGGUUUGUCAAGCACGUCAAGCCUCAGUCCGAAAAAGAACAUCAACGGGACAUUGGGUAACGUGAUCUCGUGCAAGAACGGAGCUGUCACUAACAGCGAACCCCGGAACCAGGGAAUGUCCAACUCAACGAAAGACAGAGAUGUAGUCGAACAACGAGACUUUAUUCCGUUGGAAGCAAAUAACAACCACAACAACCGUUCAUCGUUGGGGAGGGGCAGCGCAGGGGGACAAGUGUGUACUCGGGUCUCUGGGGUCUCAGGACACCCCAACAAAAGGAAAAGAGACAACAAGGCUAGCACUUAUGGAUUCAACAGUAGCCUCGAGACCGGAGGCUGUGGUUACACGGGAACACCAUGGAAAGUCAAGAACUACUCUGAAGGAAUCUUGGGGCUCCAUGAGGAGAUCAAUGACUUCUACAAGCACAUGUCUCCUCGGGCGGAGGAGGAAAGGAUGAGGAUGGAGGUGGUGGACAGGAUCGAGAGGGUCAUCAAAGACCUGUGGCCCACUGCUGACGUUCAAGUAUUUGGGAGUUUCAGCACGGGCCUCUAUCUGCCAACCAGUGACAUCGAUCUGGUGGUGUUUGGGAACUGGGAAAACCUGCCCCUUUGGACCCUGGAAGAGGCCCUGCGGAAGAAAAACGUGACUGACGAGAACUCCAUCAAAGUGCUGGACAAGGCCACGGUACCCAUCAUCAAGCUGACAGACUUCCGCACAGAGGUGAAGGUGGACAUCAGCUUCAACGUGAAGAAUGGAGUCAAAGCUGCCCUUCUCAUCAAAGACUACAAAAAAAAAUACCCAGUGCUUCCAAAGUUGGUUCUGGUGCUGAAGCAGUUUCUGCUCCAGAGGGAUCUGAAUGAGGUUUUCACUGGAGGGAUUGGCUCCUACAGCCUCUUCCUUAUGGCUGUCAGCUUCCUGCAGCUUCACUACAGAGAAGAUGCCUGCAGCCCCAAUGCCAACGUGGGCGUUCUCCUUAUAGAGUUCUUUGAGCUCUAUGGACGCCACUUCAACUACCUGAAGACGGGCAUCCGGAUCAAAGAUGGCGGCAGCUACGUGGCCAAAGACGAGAUUCAGAAGAGCACUGACCUCUACAGGCCCUCCAUGCUCUUCAUUGAGGACCCCCUAGCCCCAGAUAACGACGUUGGCCGCAGCUCAUACGGUGUGUUGCAGGUGAAGCAGGCCUUUGACUAUGCCUACGUAGUGCUCAACCACGCCGUAUCGCCCAUCGCCAAGUACUACCCCAACAACGAGUCUGAGAGUAUACUCGGCAGAAUAAUUCGGGUGACCCAGGAAGUGGCUGAAUACAGGGACUGGAUCACCAAGCUCUGGGGACCACAGUCUCAGAAUGAACCUACCCUGAAUGGAAAUGAUGUCACACUGUUAGUGAAGCCUCAGCAGCUGGACGAGUGCAACAACAACCUGACGGAGGUGGUGACUGCAUCUCGCAGCAAGACCUCCUCCAACUCCUCCUCAUCCUCCACGGUAUCCAGUUCCAGCGACGUUGAUUCUGACGGGACGCCCUGUAAGACAGUGAAGCAACUGCCUGGGCGGGGCUCCAGCGCCCACAGAGAAUCCUCAGGUGGCGUGACCAAUCACAGAACACAGAGCCACACCACCAGCACUCCUACUGACAACAAGGGGGCCAAGGCCAGGUUGUUCCGCUCGUCUAGUAAAAACACCCACCACGUCCAGCAGAACUCGUCCUCAUCCAACAUCAAGAGCCACCCGAGCAGCAAGCCACACUACCAAGGCAACAGCAAGAAGAGGAAACCUCAGCAGCACUCAGAGGCCCAGGACCUCUGCAGAUAGGGCCGUCUUGGUCUGCUCUGCAACAGACUGACAGCCUGACUGUCCCACUUCUGCUGCCAGACCACAUACUGACUGAGGAGUAGUAUUAAGGAUCUUCCUUCUCUCAAGCGACACGCAUCUUUUUAUAGCUGAAAAAUAUCCCCAAAAAAGAAAUGGGAAAUGCUGGGGCUUAGUUCUUGAAAGAAAUGCUAAUUUUCUUCCUUGACAUAAACAUGUUCUACAGUGGAGCUACACACCACAUCCAGUACCUACAAAUCUUCCCUUUUACCAUAGCGCCAUCUGGUGUUUGAGGAAUAAGUGUCUGGAAAGUAAUGUGGAUUUUUAUGAGCAAUACCUGGAACUUGGCUGGAGAACAUACUUCAGCAAGAAGUUUUUUUUUUUAAGGAAUAAAAUACACAAAUAACAAAAAUGUAUAAAAUGUUAUAUUGAAGAGAGAGAAAAUGUACACAGAUCGACAGACUAAACCCCAAAAUGCAAUCUGUAAGUGGAGACGAUAACUUCAUGUUGAUGGGCGGGUAUUUUUUGGUUGUAUAAGCAGAUUAUACAAAGAUUUGUACAAAAAGAAACAUGUGGAAAAAAUUAUCACAAAUAAAUUGACUUUUUACAGGAUAAUACUGAUUCAAGGCAAAUGUAGAUGUGCACAUUUGCCUGAUAAUCUGAGUAGUGGCAGGUUUGGGUUUCAUUACAAACAUAAAUCAUCAGCAUUCUAUUUCUA